AUGCUGGCUGCUUCUUCAAAGGUACAAUUUUUAAGGAGUGCCCGAUUGGUUUUAGGUGUGGCUUCUACUUCAAUUAGAUGUCUGAGCACUCAAGCUAAUUCAGCUAUCGAUGUUACUGGUGAGUCAGUUACUGACACGGUGAUAUAUCCAAUGUCUACGCUUGCGGAGGAUUUGAAUCAAAGAUUAUUGAACAAUCAGGAACCAGCCGAGGUUUAUGCUGGCUUGAAAACACAGUUGCAAGAUUUAAACGGCUUGAGAUAUAGGAAUGCUGAAAGCAAUGGUAUUCAUCCAUUUGCAAAAUCAUAUUUUUUGAAUGAACCUUUGUGUAAGUUAUUGGAGAAAUCGUCCUCAGCAGAAAACUCCACUAUUUCCCCUUAUGAGAUUCUGAAUACAAUGAUUGAUUACAAGUUGGCGAAACCUUUACAUUUCGAAAUCGUCAUGAAACAGUUAUUAAUGAAAAAAGAAUAUAAAGACGUUAUUGCACUCUGGGUAAAAUUCUUGGAGUCUCCUUUAUCCAACAUGAAGAUACUUGAAAAUGACAGAGCUCGAUCCGCUUGUGCAACCUAUUUGAUUGUUGCCUAUUUGAAUUUACCAGAUGUUAAUGUCAAUUAUGAGACUGUGAAACAGAUUCUACAACAAGGAGAUGAUUUUGUUUUACCUUUAAGAAAAAUUAGACGCGUAACUAUGGAAAUAUAUGCUGGCAAUAUGGCUAUGCAAGAAGCAAAAGAGGCACAAAUACAAAAUUAUUACAGGGACUAUGUUAACACAGAUCCUAAAUUAUUAAUGAAGGAACUAGAUAGCAUUAUUUCCCCAAAACAAAGUAAUCACUUAACUUCGUCAUAUGCCUGGUUUAAGAGCGCUUAUUCCACAAAGGACCAGAUCGAAAAUGUCAAUGUUGAUAUUGUAGCAAAAUUUAUGGAGAAAUUUAUCUUCUUCGGAAAAGAAUGGGACGCCAUUGGAGUCUAUAAUGACUUCAAAAAAGUUGAAGAUAUUAAAAAACGUAAUUAUUUGAAUAAAUAUUUGCUUCUGGCAAUAAGUCACGGUCCAAACGCCAAAAACGUCAAACUAACAAGAAUUGUAGCCGUUUGGAACAGUUUGAUAAAACCUCUUUUGAAAGAUUUAUCUGAAAAGGAUGUCGUUUCUUCAUAUAAUCAUUUAUUCCAAGCUUUUAUGACUUCGAAUAAUGCCAAAUUUGUUCAAGAAAUCUAUGAAAAGGACUUAACACCUCAGUUGAAAAAUUCAAAAAUUCUAUAUGAAACUUAUUUAAGAUCUUUACUAAAGAAUGUAGAGUUUAAAUAUUCUGACUUGUUAAAACUAUUAGAGGAUAAGAAAAGUUUGGUCAACAUUGAAACGAUCGAUUCCACAGAUUUUAUCAAUGACAUUCUUCUAAAGCUUAUUCAUGAAAACCAGCAACAAACCUUUACUGAGGUAUACGAAAGUUAUUUUACCAACUCAAAGAAAUCUAAAAGAAAACCAGCUCUAGAUAUAAUUAUUACAAAAUUAAUUUCCAAUUACAAAUUCCAUAUGUCAAACAAUAAAAAUGAUAUCGGUGACUUUAAUUUCUUAGGUAGUAUCUCUCAGAAUAAAAAUCGUUAUCAAAAAGUCUCUCUAAUUUUCCAAAAGUUCAUCAAUACCGUCUGGGAUAUUCAACCGGUCAACGAUUUUUUUACGCAAAUUAAGACGCCAAUCAAUUCAUCGAUUUAUUCAUUAUAUAUUAAAGCUCAAUUCGACAAGCCUCAUGGAUCCUAUGAGGUUGCUGAAAUUACAUUUAAAGAAUAUAUUAAAAUUGCAAGAUCGCUAGGUGACCAUUCAUCCAUUAUUGGACGUAAUUUUGUUAUGCCAAUGAUACGAGGUAUAACAAAAUUUUCCUUACAACCUAACAAUAGACACUGUAUUACGAUGUUACCUGUAUACUUGGAUUUCGCUGAUAAAUUGGAUUUCCAAGUGAAUAAGUCCAUUUUUGCUAACAUAAUCUUUGUAUUAUUUAAAUUGUCACAAGAGCGUAACCUCAAUCAAAAUGAGAAGACUGUCAUAAAACAAUUGUUCGAAAGAAUCAAGAAAAUUGAUUCCUUCACAAUAAAUAGUAAAUAUUUGGAAGUUCUAAAUAAACUAUAA